AUGCCGUCUCCGCUGGAACGAGACUUGCCAGGGCUACGGCGCACGCGUCGCUCAUUUUUGACUUCAUUUCUACUCACAACGCUGCUGGCUGAUGUUGCCGCCUUUCCGACCUAUUUCUACCCUCCAGGACUGGGUGACAUCAAAUCGCCACGCUGGACCUUUGUUGCCCUCAAGCUGUCACUUUUCGUACUUGAGCAAUUUCCAAAGCGCCGCUUCGUGGAGCAUGGAAGCUCCGCCAACGGAAUGGAUAACGUUAGCGACGAGUCAGGCUUCUGUCAAGCACCUUUGUGGAAAUUGGCCAAGUCAAACCUAUUUGUAGGGUUUAGCUCGAAAAUUGGAAACGGGUUCUUCCCUGACCUUGAAGAUGAAGCUGGUGCGGAGAUUCUGUAUAAAGCGUUUUUGCCUCAGUGGGAGACAGUCGAUAAAAGCUCUCGAUUCGGUGUACUCAACGCCUGCUUCCGAACUAAGCCUCGUCUUUUUCUUGCAGCCAUCGUGCCGCGGCUGAUGCAAGCUGGCUUCACUGUAGCAAAACCGUUCUUGACGCGAGACAUUUUGAUGACGAUUACGGCGCCACAAGUACCGGCUGACCAGGCAAGGAAAUUGAUUGCGGCGACUAUCGUGAUCUUCAUUGGUAGCAUGCUUUCUUCCACCUGGUGUCGCUGCUCACGGUCAAGACUCUCAUGGAGUUGCGAGCAGAUCCUGAAGGCUGCUACCUAUAAUAAAUGCCUGGCGCUCGCUGCUUCCGAACUCGACACUACUGCAGCUCUUCAAGUGAUGGUCACAGAUGUUGACAACGCUAUUAACUUGAUUGAGCAUCUCGCUGUUGACUGGGGUCUUGCUGUUGAAGCUCUUUCGUGCCUGAUAGGUCUGAUGUCUUUAGCGGGCAUUCUGACACUGCUGUCGCUCUCUCCCGCCAUUCUUGCCACCAAGAUGUUACUUGACGUACAAAGAGGAGGAUCAGCUGACCGACAGGAAUGGCGCCAUGCCACCCAGAAUCACAUUGCUUUCGUUUCAAAUAUCCUAUCACAAUUGAGAGAAAUAAAAAUGCUUGGUCUAGGAACGGCCUUGUCCAAAGUUAUGCGACAAUAUCAAGAACAUGAGAUUCACACCUCCACGCGAGUGCGAAUUGCAACAGAACUUGACGACCCUGGAGGUGCCUUCGUCGAAACCGUUACGCCGUUAACAGCAGUUGGUUUGGCCAUUAUUGCGCCCGGCGCAUUUCCUGCGCGGAGUACGGCUGAUUUUGCCGCCUUUGUUGGAGUUGCCCUCAUGUUGGCGGAUAUACUAGGAACUUUCCCCUUCAAUCGGACUUGGUUGAAUCUGAUACUCUACAUCUGCGCUCUCGAUAUUGAUUUGGCUCGUAUGGCGAGCGGCGAAUUGACAGUUGCGGGCAGUGAUGGCUGCAACCUCAGCAGAGGGCAAAAACAACGCGUCGCAUUUUCUCGGGCUCUGUACGCGAAAAAGGAGAUAAUCAUUGUUGAUGACCUCUUUUCCGUUCUGGAUAAGAACACAUCAUCAGCCAUUCGUAUCAGAUUGUUUGGAGAAACCGAGAUACUAAAUGCGAAUAACAUGACCCUGAUCAUGAGUACUACCAUGCGAGAGCAUACCGUCGAUGCUGACCUAGUGUUCGAAAUUUCCGACGAUGGUCGGGUGCGCGAACGCUCCGAGGCAAGCCGCGAAGGGAGCCCUUGCUACACUCCUCGGAGAGUAGGAGAAUCUCAGCCCGGUGCGACCGAGUUUAGUAUUGCGGUUCUAGAUGCCGAGGGAGAUGACGCGCCACCUCCAGAAGUCAUUCCGCGUUUAAACCUAGCGAACACUUGGAACAUCCCAGACGCUGUAGGUGUGGGGGUUAACGACUUUUCACUUUACAAGUUCUUCUUUUUAGGACCUUCUGGGAACCUUGUUAGCGUUGUAUUUUGCUCUGUCGUCGCCACCGCUGCCGUCGCAGAGUUGAUCCCAGCGGCUUUUAUCUACUUUUGGAUGGUCACAGAUCCAGAAAAUCGUACCUUCUUGCUGGUUUACACAGGUUUCUCUAUGGCAAACCCGGUAUUCAAUUUCUUGUGCUCAAUGUCAUAUUACUAUACAGUGUAUCCAAGAACAGCCAGAGCGUUAUAUGCGAAAGUCGCAGAAACCAUACACCGCGCCACACUUGAUCAUUUUUCGUCAACGGACACAAACUUUCUGCUCAAUAAAUUUACUCGAGAUGUUUUUCAAACCACCGAGGGCUUACCACGGCUUAUGCCGCAGCUCGUUUGGGCAUUCAUAGGCGUCGGAAUUUAUUUUGCAACGUUCUAUUGGGCUAGCUCGACGGUCUUUCUCCCCCUGUUUUUGGCAAUUGCAUAG